GUCACACUGGACUCGAAGGAGAGAUAAAAUUUGACAAUGGAGAGAGAAGAAGACGACCGCCAAAGCCACAGAGGUAUAAAUGGCGGGAGUAAUAAGAAGAUGGUUAUCGUCUUUACAGGAGCUGCUGCCCUUCUGGCCGUUGCUCUCAAUUUCGCUUUUAACGCUUUCAAAUCCUUCAAGCAUCGCCGUGAAACUAAAGAUCUUGCUGGUUCGAUUGUGAGGGUUAAUUUGUCGGGAAAUGAAAUUAGGAAAUUGGCUGACCGGAUUAUUGAGGAAUCGAAGGCGGUUCAUGAUGCUGUUGCUUCUGUUCAUGUUGACAAGGUUAAAUAUCAAGAUAUCAUGAUGUUAGCAGAACUAGAGGCACGCCAAUUUCCGCUGGUCCAGUCUUGUGUUUUCCCAAGGUUGGUGUCGACAUCAGAGGAUGUACGCCAAGCUAGUGCUGAAGCCGAACAGAAAAUAAAUUUGUAUAUUGGAUCUUGCAGAAAGCGUGAGGACGUGUAUCGUGUUGUAAAAGCGUUUGCUGCUAGGGAAGAAUGGAUAAAUGCAGAUACCAAGUCAUAUGUUCAGUCACUGGUGAGAGAUUUUGAACAAAAUGGAUUGAACCUUACUUCAACAAAGAAAGAAGAAGUUCAGCGUUUGCUGGCUCAGAUAGAUGAAUUAAGCAUGCAAUAUGUCCAGAAUAUCAACAAUGACUGUACUUUCCUUCUAUUUACCGAAUCAGAGCUAGAAGGGUUGCCCUCGGAACUCAUUCAGGUUUUCGAUAGAGAUAAUGAUGAAAAAAUAAAGGUUACCUUGAAAAGUAAUCACGUUUUGCCAAUUUUGGAGCUUUGUAAGGUUGGAGCAACUCGAAGGAGAAUUGCUGUUGGAUAUGGUCAAAGGUGUAAAGAAGUGAAUGUCCCUGUGUUAGAAACAUUGGUUCAGUUGCGCCAUAAAUUUGCUAGGUUGCUUGGUUAUGAUAAUUAUGCAGAAUUUGCUGUUGGUUCUAGGAUGGCUAAGACAUCUGCUAAGGUGUUUGAAUUCUUGGAGGACUUAUCCACAAGCUUGACUGACUUGGCGGCUAAAGAACUGGCUGGGUUGAAGGAGUUAAAGUUAAAAGAGGAAGGGAGUAAUCUGUUUGGAAUAGAAGACCUGCUCUAUUAUGUGAAAAAGUUUGAAGAAGAUAGAUUCCAUCUGGACUUUAGAGCACUUAAAGAUUAUUUUCCUCUUAGCUUGGUUCUGCAAGGAAUUUUCAAAAUACUACAAGACCUCUUUGGUUUGAAAUUUGAGGAAAUUGUCAGUGCGGAGGUGUGGCAUGAGGAUGUACGAGUUUUCUCUGUCUUUGAUUUGGGUACUAGUUAUCUCAUGGGCUACGCUUACCUUGAUCUCUUCUUCAGGGACGGAAAAUACGGUCAAACUUGUGUUUUGCCUCUUCAAAAUGGCUCAUUAUCUACAAAUGCUGAUAGACAGGUUCCAGUUGUUUUACUAAUGUGCGAAUUCUUGAUAGAAGAUGGUAACACUCCAGCAUUAUUACGGUUUUCUGAAGUUGUUAGUCUUUUCCAUGAAUUUGGCCAUGUGGUCCACGCUUUGUGUAAUCGUGCAUCACUUGCUCGGUUCUCUGGCUUGCGUGUUGAUCAUGAUUUUGUUGAGAUUCCUGGGCAUGUUUUUGAAAAUUGGUGCUUCGAGAGCAGCAUCUUGAAAUUAAUAUCUGGUUAUUAUCAGGAUGUCACAAGGCCAAUCAAGGAUGACGUUUGUAAUUCUUUGAGGAAAUGGCGAUAUUCAUUUUCUGCUCUUAAGUUGAGGCAGGAAAUUCUUUACUGUCUUUUUGAUCAAAUAAUACAUUCUACUGAUAACGUCGACUUCCUCGAGCUGUUCAAGUUUCUUCAUCCCAAGGUGAUGUUGGGGUUACCAAUCUUGGAAGGUACUAACCCAGCUUCAUGUUUUCCACACUCAGCAAUUGGUUAUGAAGCUAGUUGCUACAGUCGUAUAUGGAGCAAGGUGUUUGCUGCUGAUAUAUUUGCUUCCAAGUUUCAUGACGGUGGACUCAACCAUCAUAUUGGCAUGCAGUUCCGCAACAAGGUACUAGCUCCAGGGGGAGCCAAAGAUCCACUUGAGUGUUUGUUAGAUUUCAUUGGAAGAGAGCCAUCAAUUCAAGCGUAUAUAGAUAGUCUAGCUUAUUCAAGUGUCUGAUGAAGCAGCUAACAUAUUAAUCAGAUGCAUUUGUUCCAGCUUCGUGGUUAUUGAUUACGUGGGAAUCGUGGAGUGAGGAUCACUUAGAAAUAUAACUUUUAUUAGAGUCGUAUUUCAGUUUAAAUUUUACCUUAAGUUGUUUGAAUUUUAUAUGGACAUAGAUUGCAUUUCAGUCUUUUCUUAUGUUGUAAGACCCUUUGGUGGAUUUAAAGUUAUUAAGUUAUUUUUUAGUCGUUAAAA